CCACCCUUCACGUUCACGGUCACGAUUCUCCAUAACCGAAAAAAAAAAAAAAGAAAUCCAUAACUCGUUGAUUCUCUGACUCACCUCUUUCUCUACUGAGUUCGUUGUACCACUUCAACUCGGUUCGUCAAAACUCUCUCUCUCUCUCUCUCUCUCUUUCCAUAUUUAUAUUAUCUUUUCGAUUCUAUGGGACGGAAUCCACCACGUCAUCUCUGGAACCUCAAUCAACAAUCGCUAAUUCUGUAGAAAAAAAAACGUCGAAUCAUUCUUUUUUUUUUCUCUCUCUUUUCUCUGUUUACUUUUCUUUUGGCCUAUGAAUCAAAUGGCUCCUUGCCGUUUAAUUCUGAUAAUUUUUGUACUUUCCUUUCUCGUAUCGUCACUUAACGCCAGCGAAGGUGAUGCUGAUCCAAUUUACAAGGCUUGUUUGGAAGAGUGUGAGAAGAGUGGAUGCGUAGGGGAAAAGUGUUUUCAACACUGUAAAUUCUCAUCCGAUGGGAAACCCAUUGAUGGUCCAUGGUAUUUACAAGAACCCCUAUAUCAAAAAUGGAAGCAAUGGGAUUGCCGUACUGAUUGUCAGUACCAUUGUAUGAUUACUAGAGAAGAACAGAGGGAAAAACUGGGGAAUAAACCCAUCAAAUAUCAUGGAAAAUGGCCUUUUCAACGUGUUUAUGGGAUACAGGAACCAGUUGCUGUAGCUUUCUCUGCACUAAGUCUUGCUGUACAGUUUCAUGGUUGGCUCUCCUUUUUUAUCCUUAUUAACUAUAAGUUGCCUUUGAGGCCUGAUAAAAAGACUUAUUAUGAAUAUACUUGCUUGUGGCAUAUCUACGCCAUCUUGGCUAUGAACUUCUGGUUCUGGAGUGCCAUUUUUCACAGUCGAGAUGUUGAGUUGACAGAGAAGCUAGAUUAUUCGUCUGCUGUUGCGUUAGUUGGGUAUAGUCUUAUUCUAGCGAUAUUACGAGUGUUCGAUUUGAGAGAUGAAGCUUCAAGAGUCAUGGUUGCUGCUCCGUUGGUUGCGUUUGUAACAACACACAUCUUGUAUCUGAACUUCUACAAACUUGAUUAUGGUCUAAAUAUGAAAGUUUGUAUGGCCAUGGGUGUGGCUCAACUUCUCAUAUGGGGAAUUUGGGCCGGCAUAACUAGCCAUCCAUCACGCUGGAAGGUUUGGCUGUUUGUUGUGUGGGGAAGCCUUGUUGUGUUCUUGGAAAUAUUAGACUUUCCACCUUAUAAAGGGUUUGUAGAUGCACACGCUCUGUGGCAUGCUGUCAGUAUCCCUCUUACUUACUUCUGCUGGAGCUUUGUCCAGGAUGAUGCCGAGUUCAGGACCUCAACUCUCCUCAAGAAAAUAAAGUGAUAUUUCUUCAUUCCACUCGUGCAUGAACUGAAUGGUGAAACGAUCCAACUCACUUGUGCAUGAUGCAACGAUCACCGGACUGCUUGACAUUUUGUUUACCGAUAUGGUUGGUGUUUUCUUCGCAAUGCAAGGGUAUGUGUCGUAAUCGAAGUCUCCAAGUUUUUUAGGCUCCGGUCUUUGUUUUUCCCGAGGUGAUCGGUAAUAUUCACAAAGGCUUCUAUCCAAUUUCAAUGUAAAUUUUUUGUGUUGAAUCUUUAAACUAAGCUUGUUUUUACUUGCAUUGCUUGAUUAGUCAGUCUUCUGUAUGAUUAUGAAGGAUGGAAAAAUAUGUAAGCAAGCUUUGUAUCUUUUACAUUCGAAUUUGUUGUCUGUUGUUGCAUUAACUUAUAAUAACAUACACUGAAGUUGUCAACUGAA